AUGCAGUGGCAGCAGCACGUCGACACCGCCGUGCCACCGCGGCGGAAGCGACAGCGCGAGCCGGACCCUUCCAAUGGCUUCCUGUCCACGUACGGGGUUGAUCAGCAGCCGCCGCAUGCCAAGCGGCUGAUGCAGCAGCAGCCGGCCUGGGCGGCCCCGGCUGCGCCGGGCGCCGCGGCCCCGCUCUUGGAAGCAGCCCCAUCCUCCUCUUACACAGGCGCCGCCGCGCCCUUUGCCUCGGUCCAGCAGCAGCCAUUCUUUGGCAAUGGUGCAAAUAACGCCGCAGCGGCAGCACCCGGCGGCCAGGCCCCCAUGCUUGCAGCCGCCUCGACCGCCUCGGGCGCGUAUGGCAGCUGCCCGGCACCUGCCGACUUGGAUGACGAAGUCUUGGACAUCACCCCCUCACCAGACAAAGCGCCAGCCGCUGCGCCCGCCGCCUUCCCGGCGUCUUCCGCCGCAGCAGCAGCAGCAUACGGCGGGCAUGGCGGCGCCGCCGCGGCGUCCCACGCCGGCGGCGGCGCUCUGGUGUGUGUCGCCCCCGCGGCUUCCCGGUGGGUCGACAGCCUGAUAGGUACCAGCGCCGACGCCGGGCGCCGCGAGUGGAUGGCGCGCGCCCUUCUCGAGGCGGCGCGGCGCGCGGGGCUGCUGCCCCCGCGCCUCGCCGCGCAGCUGCAGCCGGACGCCGCCGCCGGGUCGCUCCUCUGCAGCCCAGAGGGCUGGGAAGCGGCGCUGCGGCGGCUCGCGGCGGCGCUGUCGCCGCAGCAGCGCGCGGCGCUGUCGGUGGCGUGGCGGGAGGUGGUGUCUGCAAACGGGCUGAGCCUCGAAGGCACGGGGCUCCGCAUGCCGCCAGCUAUGGUGCCGCGCGCGCCGCGGCCGGCGGUGCCACAGCAGGCACAGGUGCAGGCGGGGCUGGAGUGGCUGGGGCAAACAAGCCCGUGGGUUCGGCGGGCGGCGGAGGGCCCCAGCUGCGUCAUUACAGAGGUGUCCGGCAGCAGGAGCGGCGACGAGGCAGAGGGCAAGCAGCUUGGUGCUGGCUGUGGGCAGUGGCAGCAGCAACACUGGUCCCAGCGCCACCUCAACCAGCAGAAGCAGCAGCAGCAGCAGCAGCAGCAGCAGCAGCAGCAGCAGCAGCAGCAGCAGCAGCAGCAGCAGCAGCAGCAGCGACAGCAGAGGCCUGGCGUCGGCGGCGGCGGCGACGCGAUGUCCGUUGACCCGUGCGCACCAUUGCAGCCGGCGUGGGCGCCUUGGGGGCGGGAGCAGCAGCCACACCCGCAGCAGCUGGGGCCCACAGUGUCAUGCACCGCCGGCGGCGCUGACGUCGAAGAUAUGGUCCUGGAUUGA